AAUACAACCAAGAGUACGGUACCUCAACAUAUCCUCUCCAUUUCUCUCAUACUCUUUCACCUUCAAAACACACACACAUUUAUACUUACAUAUACUCUUCAGAAAUCAGAACAUCUCUCCGUUUCUCACACUCUAAGGCUGGAAAUUUGCUGUGAAGUCAUAUGGGAAUACGAUUUUCGUGUCCGCUUGCAUGUUAUACUGAUCUAGAGAACGGCAUUGAAUCUGUUAUAGUCAAGUCUAUUGAUUUUGGAGAUGAUGAAACAAGGACUCCAGUCAGGUCAAUUAGCUUCAAGGAUCAAGAUAAUGAGCCUACCAUUAUGCAAUCGGUGGGUUCUGUAAGGAUGCGAGAAGGAUCUGUUAGCUUUAAAAGCGGAGAUAGCGAUAUAAUGAAUUCUUUUAAGGCUUCUGUUCCUGAGAAGAGCUUGUCUGGCGAGAUCAGUAAGCUAUCCGAAAGAUCUGAUAGCUUUACGGAGAAAAUGACAAGGUCAUCCAUUUUGAACUCGAGCAAUCCCAAACAUCAGGCAGCGAUAAAGCUGCAGAAAGUGUACAAAAGCUUUCGGACUAGACGAAAGCUGGCUGAUUGUGCAGUUUUAAUUGAGCAGAGCUGGUGGAAGUUACUAGAUUUUGCGGAACUGAAACAUAGUUCAGUUUCCUUCUUUGAUAUAGAAAAGCACGAGACUGCCAUUUCCCGGUGGUCGAGGGCAAGAACUAGAGCCGCGAAGGUUGGAAAAGGCUUGUCGCAGAAUAACAAAGCACGCAAACUUGCUUUACAGCACUGGCUUGAGGCUAUUGAUCCACGACAUCGUUAUGGACACAAUCUUCACUUUUACUACGUUAAAUGGCUGCAUUCUCAAAGCAUUGAACCCUUCUUCUACUGGCUUGAUAUUGGAGAAGGGAAGGAAGUUAAUCUUGUUGAAAAAUGCCCUCGAUCAAAACUUCAGCAGCAAUGCAUAAAAUAUCUUGGUCCGAUGGAACGACUUCCUUAUGAAGUUGUAAUAGAGGGUGGAAAGUUUUUAUUUAAGCAAACAGGGGAGUUCCUUGAUACCACCAAAGGAACAAAAGAUUCUAAAUGGAUCUUCGUCCUCAGCACAUCAAGGACCUUAUAUGUUGGGAUAAAGAAAAAAGGGACAUUUCAGCAUUCGAGCUUUCUUGCUGGAGGUGCCACAUUGGCAGCUGGAAGAAUAAUGGUCGAAGAUGGUACUCUUAAGGCUGUCUGGCCUCACAGUGGUCAUUACCGGCCAACACCUGAAAACUUCCAAGAUUUCGUUUCGUUUCUAAAGGAGAAUGUUGUGGAUAUUUCGGAUGUUCAGAUGGAUCCAAUAGAUGAAGAAGAUUCCUCUGGCAUAACAAGUAUUAGUCACAUAAGAAGCAACUCAUCCGAUGAAGACAUAAAUAUUGGGAAGGAUCUUUUGGUUACAGAAGAGAUUGAUGCAGAAGAGUCUCUCUUAAGAAAAACCAACUCAAUGGUGAAAGAAGCUUCUCCAACUCUGAAACUUCCCACACUAAAUCUGUCUGGUAGCCUCUCUGUAAAAUUGCCUGGUACUGAAAUAACGAACGGGGAUGAUUUGAGUGUGAUAGCAAAGAGUGGCCAGCAUGCAGUUAAAUUAAGCUCUGAUGACUCUCCUUCAGAAUUACCAAUGCAAUUGGAUGGUUAUGAGACAGCGGAAGAAUCAUUUGAUGAUCAGCAAAUUAUGAAGAUCGCAAAUGAAAACAUAUUCACUGAGAAAGAAAGUAUACCGAUUGAAGAGGCUGUUACAAAGGAAUGUAUACUAGAAAGAAUAAAUUCUCGUAAACGAAUGAAAUCAUUUCAACUGGGAAAGCAGCUCUCUUGCAAAUGGAGUACUGGAGCUGGACCUCGAAUUGGCUGCGUAAGAGACUAUCCCUCGGGGCUCCAGUCUCACGCUUUGGAGCAGGUGAACUUGUCUCCAAGAAGCGCUCCCUGCUCUAGAUCAAAUAGCAGUUCAUUUCAGGAGUUUGCAUCAAGCAGCUUCAGCGGGCUAAUUCAGGGCACUACCACCCCCAGAAGCUCCCGUCUUUGUAAAGAACACUCAAGAAAUUCAGACUCUGAACCUUGUGAAGUUUUAUGACUGGUAAACUGUUCAUCAAUUGAUUAUAUUAUGUUAAUAGAAAAAUUAAUGUAGAAAUUAGUUAUCAUUCAUUAUACAUAGGAAAUUCUUUGAUUAUUUUUGUCAAUCUCAAUCAUGUACACAUUUUUUGAUACUUCCCUCUAGUACAAAUCGGAUGUAAUUUGUAUUCCUUUGUACCAACUGAUUCAAAUGAAAGAAAUUAAAUUUUAACAGA